AUGGAUUCGACCUAUGAGAAGAAUGAGUUAGCAAUUGGUAUAAGGCUACCAAAUCUCCGUCCUAGGGAUGUUCUCUUGAAUGCCGAGUCGAUUUCACUGCUUCGGUUUGUGGCGCUCAUCCACUGUAUCGGCAUCAGUUCCAAGCUCGCCAGUGGCCACCACAUAAAGUGGACGCUCGGUGACCUCAGCAACAGCUUCUGCCGUAAGUGUUUUUACGACACCCGGACUACCCGUCAAAAGUACGACAAGGCCUUUGCCUUUGUCUUCAACAAUAUCAUCAAACACUGUGUCAUGACCAAACGCUAG